AGUGUGAGCACAGGCAGCCAGCUCAUGCAGAGCUGCCUAAAUGCUGACAAACCCUUCUUGGAGACGCAUGUCACAGCAGCUAGACAGGGGCACCCUUCCAACAGAACCACAAGUGCACAAGGGAAACCAGUAAACCUGUCUUCUAUUCCAGGGACGUCAUGAUCGAAACAGCUACUUUCGGACUCCAGCCAAGACUCCUGCCUGCUAAUUUCUGUUUAAAUGAGUUCGUAUGAGAAAUUAAGCAAGUUUGCACAGCCUAUUAUUUCUGACAGGCUUCAGAGGACUUCACGCUGUGCAAGUUUCACAAGCUCGUGGCUGACAGCUUGCUGGAGAGAUGAGUUCUCAAUCUAAACCUGUCCGGGGCUUUGCAGCAACUUCUUGGGUAGAGAGAUAACUCUCAACAGAACUCAAACCAUCUGCGUGCUGUGCAAGGGAUCCAAUCACAGCUUGCUAUGGAGGAUGAUUUUUAAGAUGACUACCUACCUUGGUGAUAAAUCGAAUUCAUCAAUACCUGGAUAUUUGAAAGUGUCUGCACUAAAUAAUGGCAACCUCUCUGCAAACAACUCCAACGAGACAGCAAGCAAUCUGGAUUCACCUGCCUUGGAUAUCAGUAGGGCAAUAAUUGUGGGACUUAUCCUAGGUGCCUUUAUACUAUUUGCUAUUAUAGGUAAUAUCUUGGUAAUUCUCUCUGUUGCUUGCAAUAGACAUUUAAGAAUCCCUACAAACUAUUUCAUAAUUAACCUCGCAAUAGCAGAUUUGUUGCUGAGUUUUACUGUCCUUCCAUUCUCUGCCACACUGGAAAUCCUUGGCUACUGGGUUUUGGGGAGGAUAUUUUGUGAUAUCUGGGCAGCAGUUGAUGUGCUGUGCUGUACAGCUUCUAUUUUAAGUCUGUGUGCAAUUUCUAUAGAUAGAUAUAUAGGGGUGCGUUAUUCCCUCCAGUAUCCAACUUUGGUAACAAGGAGAAGGGCAAUUUUAGCUCUCAUAGGUGUCUGGGUCCUUUCCAUGGUAAUUUCUAUUGGGCCUCUUUUGGGCUGGAAAGAGCCAGCACCCAAGGAUGAUAAAGAGUGUCGUAUCACUGAAGAACCAUUCUAUGCUUUAUUUUCCUCCUUGGGGUCAUUUUACAUUCCUUUAAUCGUCAUCCUUGUGAUGUACUGUCGGGUCUACAUAGUGGCAAAAAGGACUACUAAAAACCUGGAAGCUGGGGUUAUGAAAGAAAUGUCCAACUCUAAGGAGCUGACUUUACGGAUUCAUUACAAGAACAUCCAUGAGGACACACUAAACAGCACCAAACCCAAGGGUCACAAUCCCAGGAGCUCCUUAGCUUUCAAACUUUUUAAAUUCUCUAGAGAAAAAAAGGCAGCCAAGACGCUGGGAAUCGUGGUUGGCAUGUUUAUCUUGUGCUGGCUACCUUUCUUCAUUGUUCUGCCACUAGGAUCUCUGUUCUCAGCUCUGAAGCCCCCUGAAACAAUCUUCAAGGUGAUUUUUUGGCUUGGCUACUUUAACAGCUGCUUGAAUCCAAUCAUCUACCCUUGCUCAAGCAAAGAGUUCAAGAGGGCUUUUAUACAGAUCCUAAAAUGCCAAUGCCACCGUCGAAAGCAGUUUGGGUGCUGGACCUACAGCUACAGAAACUGGAAUCGUUGUUCCUUUGAACACCAUAGGAAAGACUCUCUGGAAGACAGCGGGAGUUUCCUAAGUGGCAGUCAAAGAACAUUGUCUUCAGCAUCUCCCAGCCCUGGCUACCUGAGCAAAAUCUCUCAUCCACACAUGGAGAUGUGCACAUUACAGGAAUGGAAAAAUUCCAGCUCUUUUUUGUCUCCCUUACAGGAAGGCAGCAGACAAAAGGACCCAUGCCAGUUCUUUACUUUCAAUCUCUUAACAGAGCGCAACGGCCAUGUUCCUGCUAGCAGCCAGGUUUCCAGCAACGGGGACCCUGAAGCCAUCUGUGACACACUGAAUGGCAAAACCAACUGUAGAGCAAACAUGACACUGGAAUGAACAGAUGCUCAAUGGUCUGCUCUCUGAACUGUUUGAUGUUCAGCCCACUGGAAGAAAUGGACUCUUGCACGGUUUCUCCAUAUGGCACUAGAAAGAAGCCACUGAGGAACAGGCAGAUUUAUGUCACAAGAAUGUCAGUGUAGGGGCUAACCAUGCUCCCAGACAAUUGCUAGAGAGGCUCCUGAAGCAAAAACAGAAUGCAGGGAAGGUGCUGCAUAAAUCCAGGGAAGUGUACAUACAAUUAUUUAGCUGUUGUGGAAGAGCUGUGGAAGCCAACCAAUCUGUAUAUAGACAGAGUGUAUAAGCAUGGGGGUGGGCAGGGGCACCGUGUAUGGGCUCUGUGUGUGUUCACAUGUGCUAGACACAUGUAUGGAUGCUGAGAAUGGAAAUGAGCAAUGAAGUGUUGUUUGUACCUCUCCAGGAUACUGGUUGCCAUUGAUUUUUCCUGUAAACUCUUUCUGUUGUUGUACUUCACUGUACAUUAGCACUUUAGAAAUGGAAAACAUCGUCAAAGAUUAAAGUAAUUUUGCAACAAUUUAAACACU